CAACCGUUGGGGAUACCCUUUCGUGUUUUAAUUUGUAAUAGCCCUAUAACCAUUAGCGGCAAAGUAUGCUAAAGCUCGCAAAGAGCCUUGCUUUACUCGUCUGUGGGCGUGAAAGGCUUCGCUUUCUCUCAACUUCUGCGGCUGCGGCUGCGGCUGCGGCUGCUUCAGCUAAUCAAGAAACCGCCUUAAACCCCCAUACCCAUUUGCAAUAUCCACUGGAUUCGGUUCAUGCUCAAGUGACUGUCAGCGGAUUGCUGCACAACCUUGCUGUCGCAAACAAGCUCCUUUACGUAUACGCUCAACACAGAGCUUUAGAUGAUGCUUAUGCUCUUUUUGGUAUGAUGGAAGAGAGAGAUGCAGUUUCCUGGAGUAUAAUGGUUGGUGGGUUUGCUAAGGUUGGUGAUUAUGUCUACUGUUUGAGGACUUUUAGGAAGCUCAUUAGGUGUGGUGUUAAGCUUGAUAAUUAUACUUUGCCUAUCGUGUUGAGGGCUUGUAGGGAUAGGAUGGACCCAGUAAUGGGUAGGUUGGUUCAUGGUGUCGUUUUGAAAUCUGGGUUGUGUUUGGAUCAGUGUGUGCUUGCUGCUCUUAUUAGCCUGUAUGCAAAGUGUAGGGUGAAGAAUGAUGCUCGUAUACUGUUUGAUGAAAUGCCAAAUAGGGACCUUGUGACUUGGACUGUGAUGAUAAAUGCUUAUGCUGAGUCUGGAAAUGCUAAAGAAUCGUUAGCAUUGUUUGAUUUGAUGCGAGAUGAAGGUUUGGUUCCGGAUAAUGUAGCUAUGGUGACUAUUGUUCAUGCUUGCGCAAAAUUGGGUGCUAUGCAUAAGGCUAGACUUGUUCAUGAUUAUAUUUCUAGAAUGGGUUUUAAGUUAGAUGUAAUAUUGGGGACUGCAAUGAUUGAUAUGUAUGCUAAGUGUGGAAGUGUUGAUUAUGCGAGGGAAAUAUUUGAUAGAAUGUGGGAAAGAAAUGUAAUUUCAUGGAGUGCAAUGAUUGCUGCUUAUGGAUACCACGGACAAGGCAAGAAAGCUCUUGAUUUAUUCCCUAUGAUGUUGGGUAGCAGGAUACUGCCAAAUAGAAUAACUUUUCUUUCCCUGUUAUAUGCCUGCAGUCAUGCUGGCUUGGUUGACAUGGGACUCGAGCUUUUCAACAUGAUGUGGGAUGAGUACUCUGUGAAACCAGAUGUUAAGCACUACACGUGUAUGGUUGAUCUAUUAGGCCGUGCUGGGAGACUUGAUGAGGCCAUGAACUUGAUUGAGAACAUGACUGUCAAGAAAGAUGAGGGGCUAUGGGGUGCUAUGCUUGGUGCGUGCAGAAUCCAUAAAAAUAUAGAUUUGGCAGAAAAGAUAGCAAAUUCCCUUCUUGAACUACAGUCACAGAAUGCAGGGCACUAUGUGUUGCUCUCCAAUAUUUAUGCUAAAGCAGGUAGGUGGGAAGAUGUGGCAAAAAUUAGGGAUCUGAUAACAGAGAGGGAGUUGAAAAAGGUUCCUGGAUGGACUUGUAUUGAGGUGGAGAACAAGAUUUAUCAAUUUGGUGUUGGAGAUAAGUCUCAUCAUCUGUCAAAGGAGAUCUAUAGGCUGCUUAGGAGUUUGAGAAGGAAAAUGGAGCUGGCUGGUUAUGUUCCAGAUACAAAUUUAGUGUUACAUGAUGUUGAUGAGGAAGUUAAACUUGAAAGCUUGUUUAUGCAUAGUGAAAAACUUGCUAUUGUAUUUGGUCUUAUUGCCACAACCGAGGGAACUCCUAUCAGGAUUACAAAGAAUCUCAGAGUUUGUGGUGAUUGUCACACAUUUAGCAAGUUUGUAUCUGCUAUUACACAUAGGGUGAUUAUUGCCCGGGAUACAAAUCGAUUUCACCAUUUUAAAGAAGGGGUUUGUUCAUGUGGAGAUUAUUGGUAAGUUUUUAUUUUCGGUCUGGAAGGAAAUUGCAGUCAGUUAAAUUGAAGUACGAGGGAAGAUGGUCCUGCCUGUCAUUCUCUAAGAAAGGAGAAGAAAGAAAGGAGGUUCAUGACGGUUGGACCAAUGUAUUACAGAGGAUAAGAAAUGACAGAAAAUUUC